UCCGAGAGCCCAAAUUGCGUUGCAGAACUAGAAUCAGCUUUUUUUUCUCCAAUUUCCCUCUCUCGUUUCCGCCUCGCUUCCCGGUUUGGCUGCGUUAUUGUGAAGCAGCAUCAGCCGCGUUCUGUUACUCUCAGAUAAGAAUAGACUUAAAAGAGUGUAUUUCAGCUUUUGUACAUGGCAUUAGUUGUUAUAUGUGGUCAACCGUGCAGUGGGAAAUCAACUGCUGCAGCCUGCUUGGCUAACGCUCUUAGUGACACAGAGUCCAAGCCAUCAGUCAGAAUUAUUGAUGAAGCCUCCUUUCAUCUUAGCCGUAACCAAAGCUAUGCUGACAUGACUGCAGAAAAGAACCUACGGGGUGUCUUAAGGUCUGAAGUCGAUAGAUCUUUGUCGAAAGAUAGUAUUAUUAUUGUGGAUUCCUUAAAUAGCAUAAAGGGUUACAGAUAUGAGUUGUGGUGUUUGGCCCGCGCAGCAGGGACGAGAUACUGUGUUGUCUACUGUGAUGUAGAAGAGAACAUGUGCCGAGCAUGGAAUGAAGAGCGUAAGGAGAAAGCCGAGCCUGCAUAUGAUGAUAAAAUUUUCGAAGAUUUGAUAAGAAGGUUCGAGAGGCCAGAUAGCAAAAACAGAUGGGAUUCUCCGCUGUUUGAAUUAUGGCCAGCAAGAGAUGCGAUUGAUAAAUCAUCUCAGGCUAUUUUGGAUGCUGUUUCAUACUUGACCAAAAGAGUCGACUCGAAAACAAGGGAUGUUAAAAUCUUACAGCCAACAAUCGCAACACAAACUGCACGCACUUCAGAGGCUAAUUCUCUAUAUGAGAUGGACAAAGCUACUCAAGAAGUAAUCAAUGCCAUCGUUGAAGCACAAUCUCAUGCGCUUGGCGGCCCUCUCAACGGUGUAUCUCUUGGGCCAGAGUUGCCGAGUAUUGAUAUUUCAAGAUCUGUUGGCUUGCCAGAGUUGCGUAGGCUGCGACGAACUUUCAUUAAGCUGGCUGGGCAGACUAGCUUGAGUGGAAGACCUCCUCCUUCAGAUGCUUCUAGUGCAAAGAGGAUGUUUGUUGAUUACUUAAACAGAGAACUAGGAAAUAAUUGAAGAAUUAAUUAUGAUGCAGAUGAUAGUUCUUGAUUCAUGGCCUUGAUAUUGUAGUGAACAAACAUUAUAGCAUUACAUAAUAGAUAUUAUUGUGAGAGGGCAAACCAAGGGGAGCUUUUUUCUGGAAUUUGUGUUGUGAUUUGGUUUUUGUAUCAUACUUUUCAAAUAUGGAGUUGUAAUCUCGUUUUUUUUUUUUUUU